ACCAAGAAUAGUAAUGAGAAAAUAUUGCUGAUAAAAACAAUAUUAACAUGGAAUAUCUCAAGUUGUUUUGUAAGCCAAGAGAUACCAGACGUCUUAUACUCUCAUAGAAUAUGAUAAUAGAAAAUACUGUAAGAGUCCAGAUUUUAACAGUAUUUAGUGUUGCAUUAAAGUAAAUAUGUUUAUAAGAGGCAAUUCCAGAUUCAUAGGUGCCUGAAAUACAUGAUUGGUCUAAAAUGACAUACGAAUUCACAAAUUAUAAACUAAAUUUUUAAUUAUAUAUGUACCUUUAAAAACUGUAUCCCAACAAGAGCAGGAACAAUAUCUACGAUCAACUCUCCUUGAAAACUGAUGCCAAAAGUAAUAUAGCGUUGCUAUGUGAAUUGGAGGUAUAAGGGCAGAAGCAACACAACCAAUUAUCCGGGAUAUUAUACCAUUGUCAAUUCUCAAAAAACACUGUUUUGUUACACAAGUGCAUUUCCUCAAUUUCUUCAGAACCCCUUUCAUAUCAAAGUCUCAUAAAAAAAUGUCUUAUUACAAAUAAAUUUUAGGUUACCUUCUGAAAUAGACUUAAGCAUCUUUCUCAUGGAAGUAGCUGGACAUUGAUUAUACUAGAUCUAAGAAUACCUUAUCAAAUAAAUCUCUACAGUCUCUAGGUAACUAUAGACAAAGCUAACACCCUUCAUAGUUAUCUCCUAGAAACGUGACAUUAAACUGUCCUAACCUUGAUGCUCAAUAAUAACAAUGUAACCUCUCUAUGUUUUUGUAAACAGUUUGACAUUUGUUUAGCUUCCUUCACUGAUGUCUUAACACUUUUUUACUGAUGUCUUAAGAUGUGAUCUAUUUAUUAACUAAAUUUAGCAAAAUGGAAGCAACAAAGUCUAAGAAAAAGAAGAAUCAAAACAAAAAGGCUCUUCCUGAAGAAGUCAAAGUUAUCAAUGACAAAAAUGGUACAAAAGAGGGUACUACUUUGUGUUUAGAUGAAAAAAAUUAUUGCGAAAGAAUUUGUGAUCCCAAGGAGAAGGAAACUCUUUUAACUGGAAUUGAUUACCAAAAUGAUUCUCCUACAUUACAAGCUCCUGCUUUUAUUGAUAACUCUGUUAAUAAGAUUGAAGUUGAUAGUGGUACAGAAUUAGCAGAGAUUGAUCACAAGAUGCACAUUCUUAAUAUUGAAUCGACUUCUACAGAUUUUCAAAAUAAUCUUGCUCAUUCAGAAAAUUCUAAGGAUGUUAAUGUUGAAGAUUCUGCUGCAGGUGUUGGUUUUCUUUCUUCAGAAGAAGAUGAGUUUUCGCAGUUGACUGAAUUAGCAAGCCAAUCUUGUGAUAUUAAACCAUUUACUGAAGCACAACUGUUAUCAAUUUAUCGAAAUGAUGAAUUGGAGUUACUUGACAAAUUUAUUGAUUCAUUUGUGGAUGUUGAGCUUCAUUCGGGAACUAUUCAACAGCAUCCUUUAUAUUCACUUCUCUUUAAUUAUUUGAGAGCCAGGGAGAAGCAACUUGCAAGUGCUAAUGAAAUAGACUGUUCCUUGAAAGAAUGUAAAGAAAUUCAACAAAGACUAUGGCUUCUAGAAACAGUUAAAGUAACUGAAACUGGUGAAUGUCAGGAUGGGAAUCCAGUUGAAGCCAGUCAUGAAUACCAGGUUGGAAAGUUCGAGCAAGCUUCAUUUAAUUUAUUAUCAUCAAAACUUGCUAAUGUCCGUGAAAUGGUAAAUGAACAACAUUCCCUGUAUACUUACAGCUGUCAAGUUUCAAAAUUAAAGAUUGAUAGUUACAUUUGUCGAGUAACUGAAAAAUUCUCUUCACUUCCUCAUAACAUGCCUGUUUGCCUUACAAGUGAUAGUGUUACUCGUACAACAGAUUUAUGUUCUGCGAUUUCAGUACUUUUUUACUUUCAACGUCAACCGAUUUCAGAUGUAGAAUUCAAGGCAGACAUCAAAGUGUGGCUUACUAGACUUGUUGCAAUCUUGUUGAGAGUUGCUGCUUGGAGCCAGCAUAUGUUCAUUUUGAAUCACGUCUUGAGAUGCCCUACCAACGUUAUAAAAUGGGCAGCGAGUUUUAUUCAGACACCCUCUGCACCCUUCAAUUGUCAUAAUCCUGGCAACUAUUUGAAUCACAUGAUAGCAACUCUUGCUACUAUCAUAAAACCUAUUGCAGAAAGAAAUCGUUUUAUCCAAGAGAUGGAAGCAAGUAGUGAAGAGGUAUGGGUGUUUGUCGAUUCUGAUGGAGAAGACUGUGAAGAUACCUCGAUCCCGCCUACAUGUCUUAAAGAAAAUGACAUUAUAGCUAUUCUCAAUCAAAUUCCAUUAGAAAGUCUAUUUCGACAGAUGAUGCAACUGACGAAAAGAGAUGAUAUUGACGUAUAUAUUUCCUUGAGCUCCAGUCAGCUUCUUAGAAUUUUUGCUUUAUCUAGACUGCUUAUGAAGCUUCUGUCUGAAGGCAUGCGAUCUUAUGAGACCAAAUCUCAUUCACAAUUCUGUAAAAGAUUAGCGAGUAUUCUCACUCAUACAAUGCAGUAUGUUACCGACUUAUGGGAAGCUUAUAGAAGGGACAAUACAGAAUGCCACGAUGCAUGUCUUAUUGAACGUCUCCAACUAGAGUAUGACAACAUUGUGAUUUCUGCUUGUCAUGCUCUCUUAGGACCACAACAUAAAAGUGUUCUUCAGUUUCUCACUGCUCUUCCAUUUUCAUCAGUUACACUUAAAACAAUUUGGCAAUUAUUUCAUGUUGUCAUGCAGCCUACCAAAACAGAGGUUUCUUUCUGUCGGAAUGCCGAUGAGUGGUGGGUCGGAGUUGAAGACUUGAUCCCAACCCUAAGUGAAGUGGAACUAUAUUAUGUUCUAACAGCUGUAUCAAACAUGGCUUUAGCUAGAACUGUUAAUGAUUGGCUCUUUAUAAAAGCUGUUACUACCCAUCUUCUACAAAUUGGUUUUAUUAACACCUCUACAAGAGAUAACUGCUACAAGAUCUCAAGAACUCUUCUCUCCAACCUGGCUAGCAAAUAUCCCUCAUUAGUUUCAGUUAUUCUUGACAAACUUAAGAACUGUAUACCACAGGCUGGAAAUCUUAGUUUGUAUCUCUUCCGUGAAAUCCCUCUUGUUUAUUGGACUCCUAAUAAAGAUGAUUUAAGUCUGAUAGAACAUUGGCUUUUAACAUGUCCUCUCAGUUCUAUAGAAGGUUCAUUGUCUCGAUAUAUUCUCAGUAAUAUGCAUUGGGGCCUUUCACACAACUCUUCCGUUGAACUCUUCUUAAAAAGAGAGAUCCAUUGUCAUGUGGCAUUACUUGUGGUACGGCUAGCUCUGCUGCAUUGUCCUGAGACCACUUCUUCAUCAGGAACUGCUGCCAUAACUGAUACUAUAAAACAGAUGUCUCAACUGACUGGUUCAUUGGGUAAAAGUCAAUCUGAAUAUUGCUUGUCAGCAUGGGUCUGGGAGAUGCUAUUUAAGCUCCGUCUCCACCUGAUGGACCAACCUGAUCCUUAUGUCUGGGCUACUCUCUCAAAUCCAAUGCAAUAUUUCUCAAUAUUACCAUCAUUAGAAUCCUUACCAAAUGAGUUGUCACCAUUAGUUCGAGCUUUAAAAGACAAACAAAUGACUGCCAUAUUUACAGCGAUGCUGAUGACAUCAACUGGACAUAGCAUUCCUUUAAUAUGUAAUACUGGCUUCUCAAUGCUUCUCUCACUUGCCCAAUGCCAUCGCUAUUUUGCUGUCCUGAUUAUACUACAACACAUCGUCCCCCUUUUUAUUGAAUGUCAAGAGGCAUUACUUUCUAAUGAUUUGUUUACCCAAGUAAUACAGAGUCUAGUUACCGCUGAUAAAACAUUUCUUCGUCUUGCUAAGAAUCUCAUUUCUUCAGAUUUUCCUGGAAUGAUUGUUAAACAGUUUGGAGACUUAAUUCAAAUGCACUUGGAUACAUUUCGCAAGUACAAUCUUUCAUCUCCGGGUCCUUUGGCUCAGCUUUGGCUAGAGAUAUUAAGUAAAGUUUGGAUGUUCGAACCAACUAAUACUAGUUAUUUGAUGGACAUCAUUUUACGAACUGCUUUCUUCAGGCCUGAAAUGCGCUCAAUUGCCACUGGAAUAUUAUUACGACUUUAUGAAAUGAUUUCCAAUGCUAGUAAAGCAAAAUUUUCACUUUUGAGUUGGGUAGGUGGCAAUUCACACUGUGUUUCAUUGAUUCCCAAAUCAGCUCCAGAUACACCUUGGUUCGCACUAUUUGCUCUUGAGCUUGAAGAAUAUAUUAUUAAUGAGAAGACAGGACUAUGGAAAAAUCUUCUCGUCAAUUUAGUUACGUCUGCCGGUAAAGCCAAUAUUGACUCAAGCCUAAAGAAAGUGUGCUCUUCUCUCAAGAUAGAAUCAUUUACGAGUAGUGCUUUACCGAUUUAUCGUUGGUCACAGCAAGCUCUCGACACACCAGUGGACCAUCCUGUACUGCCUAUAUUUUGGCAAAAGUUCUUUACUCUAUAUCUUUCAAGAGUUCCCGCAUUUGGAAAAGACAUCGGAUGUGUUGGGUCAAAGUUCUUUGAAGGUCUCACUAACAGAAAUUAUAUGAACAGGCUGAAGAAAAAGUUAGUUGAUUGUAAGGAGUUUUAUGAAGCAAAAUGUGCUAACUCAGUUCAAGUUGUUACUUUAGAGAGGAAGGACUGGUUCGAAAACAUGGCUAAGUUAUAUAAUACCUUUCUCUUCUGGCUUGAAGAAGUCUCACUACAGGACCCGGGGGUUUAUCUUCCUGCAUUACCUCCUCCUUACAAGCCUGAAAAACUAUCUGCAAUAUUUCAUAAUGACAAUACCUUAUGGCAUGAGUAUGUUGACUACGAGGCUGUCAGGCUUUCGCAACGAGAAUCUCUCACUCGCUGGGAACAGUCCUUGUGCCGGAAGAACGAAAUGCCACCCAAGCCUUCCUUUAUGGAACAAGACCCGGAUCCCUUGGCUAGGAUAUCAAAGAGGCUGCAGUCAUAUGAGACCCCUGUGCCACCACCUCCACUAAAAACUUUACAACAACCCGUUCCUCUCCCUCCAGCUGAAGCUUUUUAUAACAAACAUCACCUGCUUGAUUUGCUUGGUGGCUCACUGAAGUCAUUACUUGAUUUUGCAAGGUCACACACUGUUAGAGCAGGAGAGCAAUCAAGUCUUGAUUGUUGCUUGCUUGAACUUGCUCCUCUUUUGUACCGUUCAGUAGAAACUACUGUUACCCUACAUGCCGCCUGUGACACCCAUACACCUGGGUAUAAACCUACAUUAAACUCACUCAACUGUGCUGGUCCUGCUGUAAUCAAUCUUAAGAUUUGUGAAAUUCGUGUCUGUGAAGCGACGGAUAUGGCAAUCCAUAACAACCGACUUGAAAUACUGAGUCUUAUUAAACGUACAUGCCAAACACCACCAUAUGCUGUUUGCCAAGGGAGUGUUCAAAUAGAACAGUGUGUAAGGUUUUUGGAAGAUCAAUAUUCUGAACUGAGGAGGAUAGGUGAUGUACAGUUAAUGAAAAAAAUGGAAGAAGUUGGAGUUUCAUUAUUUUAUCAUCUGACAUCAAUAUUCACAGAAGAGGCUUCACAAUAUCCUCCUCUGAAGCAGUUAGUGACCACUUGUGUUGAAACGCUGGGACAGACAUUUAUAUCUGAGGAUGAAAGACAGGGCCCAAUUUUGCUGUCAACUCUUCUUGAAGCCCCAUCACUAUCUAGCCUGCUUUCUAUUCAUUUCUCACCGACCAAAGCUUCUUCUCAAACAUAUGUCCAACUGUAUCGGACACUUACUAACUCAAUUUCUUCUUCAAAUUUUGACUUGAUAUUUGUAUUGUUAACCAAGUUUGAUAUGGUUCAGUGGUUGGAUUCUCAAAAGCCUAGAAUGUUCGAUUGUUCACAACUUAUAGAUCUCGUAGGAAAAGCCCUUGCAUCUUCUGGUCAAACUCAAGAAUCAGAAUUUAUUAUGAUCCAUGAAGUGCUUCGAAGGCAGUUAUGUAUUCUCUUCAAUUAUGAUUCCCCUUCUCAUUAUUUAGAAGUAAUUACAUUAUGUCUAAACCAUUCAGAGACUCAUUCAUUAGCUACAGAAGUAUGGGUUGACAUAAUAAACGCACUAGUGAGUCCUGUAUGUAGCUUUAGAAAUCACUUGUCUCUCUCAGAUUCUGUUCAACUUAUGCAGAAAUUUGCCAUCCAGCAAAACACUCUUUCCUAUAAUGAGCUCAUUGAAAUUUGUCUUUUAUUGAGUCGCCAUUUCAUGGAGGAAAGACUUCAAUACGGGUUGUAUGGCCUUUAUCCAAAAUAUAGAAAUUAUAUAUCACCUUUCACUACACUCCUUGGAAUUGUAAGCCAUGCUUUGGUUGUUGCUUGCAACAAAAAAUACAGUCACAACAGCUAUAAUAAAGUGUGUGAAGAAUUGUGGCCUUAUUUCACUGGCCUCUAUGCUCCUUGGCUAAGCCCAUACUACACCAACUCUUUGACACAACCAAUGGCAGCUUGGAUUCAACAGCUGACAGAUGACCGGUCAAUAUUACCUCCUUGGAUUGCUGCAGACUCUGGCCAUGCUCACAAGGUAGCUGCAAUCUUCACUGAAUCGAUACGUUUUCUUUUUGACAAUCUAUCUGGCUCUACUAUGCUCAGUUAUGUUUGGCAAUAUUACGUAACCACAUUUGCCCAUCCCUCAGUAAAGGAACAUAUAUUAAGUGUAAUCCAUAGCAAUUUACUUUCUCUUCCAUGGUCUAAAUUUUCUCCUUCAUUUUUGGAUUUAGAUUAUAUGCUUAAGGUCUCUGAUACAUAUGUUCCAUAUUGCCAUACAUUGCUUGGCACAAUUUUUAUUGAUGUUUCUUGGUCGCAUUGGAUCAAAGAUGUGCCUGAAGAAACAUCAUCAAAGGUCCAUUCUUCUUUGCUCCAUUUAAUAAUAAAACUUUCCAAUGAACCCAACGUAAGGCAGUCGGGUAAAAUUAUGGACCUGCUUAUUGCAGCAUGUAAUUUUCACUGGGAGACUGUUGAUUGCAGCAAUUAUGAGAGUGCUGUAAACUGGUUUGUUAUGAGUUAUGAUCCACGAGUGAUAUUAUUACAGGAUAGUGAUGAUGCAUGUGAUAUUGAUAAAUCUGUUUUAGAGCUUCUUAAACAUGCUGGUGGAUUUAUUAAAACUUUAGAUGGAUCAAGUCCACCUGCUGUACCUCGUAAAAGGCAAAUCUACUUCAGGGCUUGUGUGAAACUUAUAGUGUCUUGUUAUAAUCGCUACAAGCAGGCUUUACGAACUGAACUGGAUGCCCUAUCUUCUACCAUUGAGGAUCUUCUUACACAAAUUAACACCAUUGUACCACUAAACCCAUAUGCUGGUGGUGAAGCAGGAUUAUAUAUGGGUGAACUGCUCACAUUGCUGAGUGGCCCACUGGCGAAGACAACUCAUUCAACUAUACUGUCUUGGUUGGGAAAGCGAGGAGACUGUGUUGUAGCCAAGGCUUUACUAAGGACCCUUCCAAUGUCUGUCCAGGAUGCUGCUGUUCUCGGCUCUUUGAUGGAAGCUAUAUUAACAUCUGUAUUUAAUGAUCAAAAUGGCAGUGAUUGGACCAAUGUCCUCAGCCUACUGCAAGACUUCCCUCCCAAACAACCAUUGUUGACUGAAACACUAACAAAUGAGAGAUGUCUCUUAUCUCUCUAUGCUUUUUUUUCGAAAAGAUUGCCAGUUCUGACUGACCUUGAGGAGGAAGCAACCAUUAUAAAACAAUUAACGGUAUCCCUAACAUCUUUAAAAUGCUGUGCUGAGAUCGAAGCCAAAAUUAUUCCUCUAUUUUAUUUGGGACUUCUUCUUGGAGGACGUCAAGCAGAUCACAAUCCAGAAUUGACUUACUCCCAGCUUAAACAGAUGGUUGAAGUUAGUGAAAACUGGGCUGAUUACAAAUCACCCUGGGGUUUUUUGGGGACCAUAGGAAUUAGGAAACAAGUCCCCAUAUCUAAUAGGUGCCGAGUUAUAUACCGGGUAUUCGCUGCCUUAGUCCUCUGCCAGUUCCCAGAAAGGAAAGGAGAACUGAACAUUGACCAACCUCCGUUCAUCAGGACCACAGCCCAUGCUCCAGGUGGCAUCACUUCAAAUAACAUGGAACUAGGCCCGAGCAGUGAAACCAUCCGCUGUAUGUCACUGCUAGAAUGCCUUUCAGGAGACAAGGCCUAUUCAAGCUUCCAGCUGCCAAUCGAACGAGCUCUAGGACUCAUUCGAGGGCCUGACAAUUCACUUCACAAUGCUGCAACCAUAUUUUUAUCUAUAGCAAGCCUCAUAUUUCCCGAACGCUUUGUUACUGGGAUCCCUGUUACACAGUUGGAUGUGUAA